UGGCCGACAUGCAGCCCGUCGCGCUCCUCCUGCUCUGCCCGCUGGCCGCGGCCCUGUCAGGGCGCUUCUGGCACGUCACCGACCUCCACUGGGACCCCGACUACGAGGCGGCGGCGGGUGCCGGGCAGGUAUGCCCCUCGGCCGGCUCCCGGGCCGUGCCCGCCGCCGGGCACUGGGGCAGCUACCUCUGCGACGCGCCCUGGCGCCUGCUCGCCUCCGCAGUCCGCGCCAUGAGGAACCGCCUGCAGCGGCCGGACUUCGUCCUCUGGACCGGAGAUGAUACUCCUCACGUCCCCAAUGAGAAGCUUGGAGAAGAAAAGGUUCUGCACAUAAUAGAAAAUCUGACUUCUCUGAUAAAAGAGACAUUUCCAGAUACUAAAGUCUAUGCAGCGAUGGGCAAUCAUGACUUCCACCCCAAGAAUCAGUUUCCAGGGAAGGAGCACAGGAUCUACAACCGAACAGCUGAACUGUGGCGUUCCUGGCUGAAUGAUGCUUCCACUCCUCUUUUCAGAGCAGGAGCUUUCUACAGUGAGAAGCUGCCCAGCCCAAGGACAAGGGGGCGAAUGGUUGUGCUCAAUACCAAUCUGUACUAUGACAAGAAUAAUGAGACAGCUGGUGAGGAAGAUCCUGGAGGGCAGUUCCAGUGGCUGGAAGAAACACUGACCAAUGCCUCUAGAGCAGGUGAAAUGGUCUACAUUGUGGGGCACGUCCCUCCUGGCUUCUUCGAGAAGAAACGAGGCAUGUCCUGGUUCCGGAGUGGCUUUAAUGAACGAUAUUUGAAAAUCAUGCAGAAGCACCACAGGGUGAUUGCUGCCCAGUUUUUUGGGCACCAUCACACAGACAGCUUUCGGAUGUUUUACAGUGAUACAGGUUCUCCAAUCAAUGUCAUGUUCCUGGCCCCUGGAGUGACUCCCUGGAAAACAACAUUACCUGGAGUGAACAAUGGAGCCAACAACCCUGGGAUUCGGGUGAUUGACUAUGAUCCAGACACCCUUCAAGUGUUGGAUAUGGUGACUUACUACUUGAACCUAACUCGUGCCAACAUGAUGGCCUCAACGUGGGAGGAAGAGUUCCCAACAUGGGAGGAAGAGUAUAGGCUGACAGAAGCGUUCCAAGUCCCUGAUGGCUCUCUGCGCUCCAUGCAAACAGUGUUGGAGAGGAUAUCAAAGGAUCCGCACUAUCUGCAGCAGUACUAUGAGUUUAACUCUGUCAGAUAUGACCUCACCCCAUGCAAGGAGGCCUGCCGUGUAGAUCAUGUUUGUGCCAUCAGAGAAGUUGAUUUUACAAAAUACAAUGAGUGUGUUAAAACCAGCAGCUCUGCCUCUGCCAUCAUCAGUGUUCAGCUUUUAUUUUUCUGCUUGCUCUUAGGACUUCUUAGUCCCCAGCAAGUGCUGUAAUGACUGAGAGCAAGAGAAAAUGAAGAGAGCACGAGUUCACGAUGCACAUGAAUUGGCAAUUGUGAAUGCUUUUGGCAUUGAGAACUUACUCUGAAACCAAGACAAAAUCAGUGGCUUUACUAAAAGCUCUGUGAUGUUGAUCUGAAAUCUAGAAAAGCUUGAUGUAUUGGGAAAGGGCAGUGAUUGCUACAAAGUCUUUUUGUGCCAGACUGACUUGCAUCAGAGAGUCUGUCCCCCUUACGCUGUGACUUCUGAGGUAGUCUCACAAAUCAGGUGGAGACCAGGCUUCCCGGUGGACUUUAACUUACCGUGUAUGAGAGCUGUGAGCUGCCACUUGUUCCUGAGGAGUCUGCUCCCAGGUGGGUUUCUCAUGUUGGCACACGCUUUGCUUCUGGAAAGACCACACAACUGGUGACCUGGAAGGUCUUGUUUUGGUGGCCUUGUACAGCAGCAGCCCUGCCUUCGGUGUAUGAGCAGAGCCAGGUGGGAUUAGUUCUUCCUUUGACGGUGUAUGAACUGCAGCAAGCUUGGGCCAUGACUUUCAUGUGUCAGUGCCCAAGACAAGGCUCCAGGGCAAGAAGCUUGAUUAUUAUUAUUUAAGUUUUUAUUUAUUUUUUCCCCCAAUUGCUAAACAUAAACAGCUUUUCCCUUUGUGCUCUCUUAACUUGCAUCCACUUAGUUUCUUCCUUCAGCUGGGCAUUGCAAGCUGACCUUGAACGCUUUGGUGAUUUACCAACCUUGGGCUUUGCUAGCUUGUCUGAGAACCUUGAGGGAACCAAUACAAAGUGAUGGCAUCGGACCCUUUAGGCUUGGGUGAAGGAGACACAAGGAAUAUUGGUGUUGUCUGUGAAAGGCGGCUCUGGGCUCUCCCGGAGUCUGACACGGCAGAGAGGGAGCUCGCAAGGCAGCAGGGUGUGCUCAGAACACGUGGCCUGAGCACACGAGGGACCCAGAAAGGCACGGGCAGGGUCCGAGAGCGGAGGAGGCUGUGGGGGCGAGGACCCAAGCCCGCCAGUGGAACAGCGUAGGCUGGGCACACAGAUGUGGUGGCGUGCCCACUGGGGCGGCUGCGGUGGAACAGAUGCGUUGCAUCCGAAGAGGAGCGAGGGCGCAGGAGGAACGGCCGCCUGCAGUGCUGGGGCUUCGCGGCCCUGGUUGGCAUUUGCCCCUGGUACCGCUUCAGAGCGUGUGUCUGGAGCGGUGUGGCGGGUGCCUGAGGGCAGCUGUCGCCGGUCGUGCCAGGGCGCUCCUG